AUGUCUAUUUAUCCUCCUUUUGCAUUGACUGUAGAGGAGCAGAGUUCUUUCCAUGAUGACCUAGAAGACUUACUCUCCUCGAUCCAGACCAUCCUCUCGCGGCCAGGACCGCUGUCAGUGUAUGACUGGUCAGAGGCGCUGCGCCUGGUGCGCGACGCUUUCGCCUUUGUCACCGACAUGCACGAUCUGUCUUCUCCCACCGCAGAUGCCGAUACCCGCCUGGCAACGCUGUUCCUAUACAAAGGCGACUGCUUCCGGGGGCUGGGCCGGCUGCGCGAGGCCCGCGAUGCGUAUCUGGCGGCAUGCCAGGUCGAGUGCCAAGGGUCCGAGGACCAGGCCUCCCAGUUCGCGGCGGGUGACCGGCUCGAGGAUCUGGAUGAGUGGUGUGGCGACGACCUCCGUGCAAAAAGGCUUGGCGGUCUUUGGAACGCGCUUCACACAGGUUUGACCAAUCCCGAUCUCAGUGUUCUCGGCUACGAGACCGAGUUGUGGGAUCCGGAGCCGCCGCUCGUAAUCAGAACCGCCGAGCGCUGGGCACGAAGAGUCGAAAAUCGGAUCCCGGGGACGUUCUUCGCUCUCAAGGAAGUCGCUGGAGGGAGUGUGGCAGUCAAGAUCCAAGGAUUGAGGUCAAGAAAGAGGGAGAACAUUGCCAAGGUGAAAACUGUCGAGUGUGCUUCUUGA